CUCAUUUUGCUCAACCCAAACAACCACUGUGCAAGCUUUUGAGUUUCUUUCUUCGUCUUCCCAGAGCAACAAGCCUUAUCGAAGCAGUUAAACCUACUAAGAAUAAAGAUGAAGUCCGCUGUUGUGCAGUUUUACGUUAUCUCUCUUCUCCUUUCAUCUUCUUUGUUCAUGCUUUCAAACGCCGAUUCGUCACCAUGCAACGGAAAAUGCAACGUGAGAUGUUCAAAGGCAAGAAUCCAAGAUCGGUGUCUAAAGUACUGCAAUAUAUGUUGCGGGAAGUGUGAUAACUGUGUUCCCUCAGGCACUUAUGGAAACAAAGACGAGUGUCCGUGUUACCGCGAUAUGAAGAAUUCCAAAGGCGGCCCCAAAUGUCCUUGAACUUGUUAUCCUAGACAUCAUAUCUGCCGUAUGACAGUUGUGGUUGACACAUCAAAUAAAUAGUUUGAUAUAUUCCAUGUAUGAAAAAUGUGAAAGAUCUCAAUAAACAAAGCAAGUUUAGUUAAAUAUCA